AUGAAACGCAUAAUUUUGUUGUGUAUUCUAAUCGUCAUAAUCGCCGUUCUCACUACUACUUCGGCGGAUACAUCAGCUGAUGAACUUUACCUCCAAGAUCUUGCACCCGAAAGAUACGAACUUAAUCCAACACUUGAAGACUCUCCUUACCAGCAAGCUUACCAACCACCUUACCAAGAAUCUGAUGUUGAAGAGGAUCCGAGUGUGGAAGAUUCUGAAAUCGAUGAUACUGAAUCUUCAGGAACUUCAAGAAUGAUAUACAGAAG